AUGGACGAAGAGACCCAGCCUUCGACCCAACCCUACGCAGACCCCCGUCGCAAGGGUGUUAACAACUCCGGACUGAGCCAGCAAGAUGUAGCUGAUAUUAUAUGUAUCCUGCAUCCCAACUCUCCUGCUGCACAUAAAUCAGCCUCUAUCACCGCAGACCGCAAUCCGCAGCAUAUUUUGCAGCGAGAUGAGUUUGACUCUGACCUCGAUGCUUGUGAAUCAACAUAUGACAUCGCAUUACGGUUUUCUUCAUUGGUGAAAGAUCCGAGCAUGGGUUUCUGCUUUGGUCGAAGUUCAACACGAAGCGAUAUCAUAUUUUAUCCUGAUCAUAGGGUGUCAAAUACACAUUUUCGCAUAUAUCUGAAGACCGAUGGCAUUCUCAUGCUUCAGGACACCUCUACCAAUGGGACCAUCGUGGACGGGAAAUCCAUACGGAGAGAUGGCGGAGAUAACAGCCCAACAACUCAAAUGCUUAUGUCUGGCUCCGUUAUCCAUGUCACUGGGAACGAUCUAGCUUCAGCUAUAAAGUUCGUCGUAAGGAUACCUGCCCGAGACGAACUACAGGCACAGUAUACUAGGAAUCUUACCUGGUAUCUUAACCGGAUUCGUCAACUUAGCACAAAAGUGGGCGAUGUUGGGCGCGGGGAGAUGCCUGCUCCCGGGAUUGUCGUUGCUCACACUAACCACUCUCAUGGGAUGCAUUGGAACGGUGGAGCCAAGUACAAUGUGACUGGCCAGAUUGGGAAGGGAGCAUUUGCAACCGUCUAUAAGUUGGCAACCAAGAACGACGGUGCUGUAUUUGCUUGCAAAGAACUGGAUAAGCGCCGUCUCACGAAGAACAACGUUUUAGACCACAAGGUUGACAGCGAAAUGAGAAUCAUGAAAGACUUGGACCACAGCGCUGGGCUGCUACCUGAAGAUCAAGUGCAGAAAAUUUCCCGACAGCUACUUCAUGCCUUACAAUAUCUUCAUGCCCGGAAGAUAACCCACCGGGAUAUAAAGCCAGAUAAUAUUCUCAUUUCUUCUUAUGACCCGUUCAUUAUUAAAUUAUCAGACUUUGGAUUAUCUAAGGUCUCACAGGAGGAAACCUUGAUGAAAACCUUUUGCGGAACUCUUCUUUAUUGUGCACCGGAAGUCUACCCGGAAUAUGAUACCUAUAAACAUCACCUGCCUCGCAAAAGGCGGCGACCGGGCGACCCCUUACCAAGAACGUCACCGUACGACCAGUCAGUUGAUAUGUGGUCGUUUGGAGCAGUAGCGUUCCAUAUUCUUUCAGGCCACCCACCCUUUAUGGGCCGUGGAGAUGACAGGGGAGCCCAAAUGUUACGAAAUAUAAUGACUACAGAAGCAGAUUAUUCACUGCUAGAAAAUGUUGGAGCAUCGGAGGAAGCAAUCGAUUUUAUAUCCAGGCUGCUCAACCGCGAUCCCAAGGCUCGACCAAAAGAGCCAGAAUGCUUUCGACACCCAUGGAUCGCUGAGGUUCCUGAUGAAUUUGAGUACGAAGAAGUUGGAGAACCUAUCCAAACCGGCCCUCUUACUGAACUUAUUGCUGUACCAGAGCUCAGCGAGGAAGAAGACCAGGAUGAUAAGGAUGUCUGGGCUCGUGCAUGGUCUCUAGAGCGAGAACUAGAAGACAAGAGAGAGGCAUAUUAUAGGCAACAGGACGUCGAAGCAGAACAGAGGUUAUCGUCUUCUGACCAAAAUGCCAAUGCAAAGAAACCCCGUGUGACAUUGGAACAGGACAUUGAGGAGAAGCAUGUCCAGCAUGUGGAUGAUGUCCGGUAUCCCUCCCUCCCGCAAUUGUCGAGCUACCAAUAUGAAGCCAAAGCCGAAGUGAAAUCUUCACCUAAUGGGCCCCGGCUCUUUGGAGAGAUCACUCCAUCCCUUAUCAAGAGCUCCGGAGUGCUUGGUGAGGAUUACUCUGAAGAUAUGGAUAUAGCGGGGCUUGGCGAAGAUGACGCCGAUGACUCUAGUGAUCAGUACGUGAUAUCUAACGAAGGCUCAAGUCUGAGUAAAGACAUUUUCGCGGAAGUUGGCCAGCCACACCCGCCACUUACGAUGAGGCCACCACCGCCGCCGAAAGCUUCAGAUCCAAGUUUGAUGGGGGCCGAAUCAUUAGUCGGCCAUCUGCAUAUGCGUUCUGCUGGCCAGAAUGGCAUGGCAUCCGGUGGGCGGAGCGACGAUGAUACCGACAUAGGGAAGCCGCUCGAUGGGGAUUCUCAGAAUAGCAAGAAAUACGCUUCCUCCAACGGAAUGGCUAAGGGAAACUGGGCUGAACUCAAAGUUGGAACUGGUCCAGAUCCAUUCUCUUCAACAAAUAGACAUUCGCCAUUAGGUGAUAAACUUACGUCUUAUAGAUCAGUCCCAAGAGAUAUGAACAGCAGUGUUGAAACGGACAAACCACGUAGCCCUGCACCAAGCGAAAGGACAGGUAACCAAGAUGAGAUUCCAAAUGAACUUGCAUGUACCAUUGACGAACGCACCGGACUCGAAGUCCCUUCUCAAUCACAACCGAAUCAGGACAUUGACGCGCACGCUGAGGAGGACAAGGAGAAAGGGAACGGAUUCGUCAAGCCUGUUGCAAUCCUAGGAAAACUGACGCCCCUGCCUGGAUCCAUCCUUGAUCAGCCAAUCCGACUAGAGUCACGGAUGACAUCCUGGGGUCGAGGAACACAAGCGACCAUCCGCCAUCCAGACUCUAUGGACUUUCGAAUUCCUUCGUAUGCUCUUGAAUUGACCUUCUGGGCACCAUCAAUCGAAGCUCGAAUCGCUGCUGGAGAGGAUUGGCUACAAAUGACUGACGUUGUGACGCUGAUAUCCACAAAGACCAGCCAGUGUAUAUGGGUCAAUGAUGUUGAGCUACGCAAGGAAUCCCGGAGCAAAGACGCAUUCUUGUUCGGGAGGAUAUAUACCGGCGACAUCAUCACAGUGUAUAGAAGCAAGGACCAGUUUCUACGCUUCCGGUGCGAAUUCUACCACGGAAAGAGCCGGUUGGAAAGGCCCGCAGGCGAGAAACGGUUCUUGAUAGAAGAAUCGCCAAAGUCCUACUGCAAUACUAGAACAGAAGGCAACCCGGCAUCCAAAUCAGAGCGGUCACCUGUAGAGGCGUCAGCCUGA